UCCGAGGUCUCAGCCGUCUGUUAUUAUCGCUCCACACGUUGGACCAGCUACAUCGCGAGACCGUGCGUUGAAUCUCGACUCUUUCGUUGUGCGCUUUUUCGAUUGUUUUUGAGUUUAUCAAUGACUUACUUGCACUUUUUUCUUCGGUUGAACGUGUACUGGUUUUGUUGGUGAAUUUACUUGUGGCGUGACAUUUGUGGUGUAUUUUACACAGGUGUGAUACGUUCUGUGCUGGAUUUUAUUGUUUCUUGUACUUUUUUGUGGUGCAGGCUCUAUUGUUUUGGAUAUUUUUACACACCAGUAUGGGCAUUCCUGUGAUUCGUCUAUUCCAACAGGAUGGCCAUUGUGUCUCGGCAAAUCCGGUAUAGCCGUCCACCUAGGCCUACUAGAUAAAUCAAAUGUGAGAAACAGAGACUGUUACCUUUGUGUUAGAAACCGAAGUACCCCAGGGUUAGAAGUUACGCUUUUUUGGCGACAACAGCAACAACUACAUAGCCAUACCAUUGCCCAAUUUAGGGAUCCAUCACAAUCCUUAGAUGACAUAAUGUGUUCGAACCUCAGGUCCAUCGCGGAUCUCGAGAUAACCUCCUACGACGACUACGAUGGUACUGACCUUCCAGAAAUGCUUCAGAACCUCUUAGUUUCCGUGGAACACGCAAUCAAACGAGUGCCUUUGGACGAUUUAACGUUCCCUUGUCCCCAAUGUCACCAAUACGUGCCUUUGGAAAGACAAGAGGACGAUGUGAUGUCGUGUUCUUGUCAAUGUUCGUGCCGGUUAGCGGAAAACCAAGUAUUAAAAAAAGACUCUUCCAUUCAAACUAGUCCUAUGUUCGAAUUCGUUGGAUCCAUACCACAUAUCGAUAGCGACGAAGAUGAUGAUAAGGAAUCUAUCAAAUCAGGCAUCCUCAAUAAAAAACUAGAAGUAGCAAGGCCGAAACGCAUUAGCGAACUACCUGAUAAAUUGCUGAUGUCAGGAAUUAAUUUACCUGGUACAGCAGAUGUAGAUGGGAGACCAAUUAUUCUCUGCUACGCUGAAUGCAUUUCGAGAGCUGGACUGAACAAAUACGAAAUAGCCAAAUUAUUGCUUUAUUAUUUUUCAAUACCGACGUCUAAUUCUAGAGAAAAAGGCUUUACAAUACUUCUCUUAGCAGAGAACGAGGCUGAUUAUAAAGUAGUAGAACUUUUAGACAAAGCCGUGUGCCUAGUAGGAAACUCAACGUUCAUCAACAAAUUUUUAAUAUGGACACCUGGACCAAAGGGUAUAAAGGAGGUGAAAAAAUUGACGAGUCAAAGUCGAGUCAUUCUUUUAUCCGAUGAAGCAUCUCUAACAACGUACAUAACAAAAGAUCAAGCGCCGGCUAGUUGCGGUGGUACCUGCACGCACGAUCAGCUUGAAUGGGUGGAAUUCUUCAAACAACUAGAGUCGUUCCUAAUAGAGUGUAAAACCGCUGGAAAAACUCUGUUUACUACUCUGUCAUUGUUGAGAAACGAGGAAGUUCCUAAUCAAGUCACGCGUAGGUUCCUAAACCAUCAGUGCAGACAAAUAACAAAGGCGCUGGAUUUUGAGAACGUUCAGAAACUACAAAAGGAUGGAAAAAACACGCUGAACAGUCUGGAGGAAAGAAGUCAGUGGCUUGCUAGCAGCAAAGAUGUUCAGAGGGGUAAACAGAGCGCCAGUGACACUUUCCAUGCGGUUGAGAAGGUGACGAGAAGGCUGGAGCAAUUGAAACAUGAGCGCAUGGAGAAAAUGAAAGAAUUGGCCAAAUUUAGAACGUUACAGGAAGAGGCUGAGGAGCUCCUUACUUGGACGAAGAAAAUAGGAGAAGAGACUCUGAACAGUUUGAUGUUACUCCUUCGGUCUGCAGCAGAUGCGGCAGCAGUGAAGGAGGUGGCCAACGAUUUCGAGAAAUUCUUCUUCAAUGCAUGGAGGCAAAUAGAAAAAUCCAACGAUCUUUUUGAGGAGUGCAAAAAUAUCACUGACGCUAAGGGUCAGCCGGUGAAGGAACUCUCCAAUAAUCUUCACAUCCAAAUGAAAGCAUUUAGAGAAAAACUCGAAGAUGGUAGGGAGAGAAUCGAAGACAGCUCCAGGUGUUUUUUAUUGCUUGAGUCUUGUCAUGAUAUAUUAGAAGAUGAUGGCAAAGAACAGGAUGAGUUUGUCAAACUGGCCAAGCAUUCCGCAAAUGAAAAGUUGUUGCAGUUAUGUCAGAACAUUGCUAUACCCGACACAAAUCUUACAAAUCACAACCAACCUCCCGAUAAAGAGAGACAAGACCAAGACAAAAGUCCUCCGUAUUCUGCAUCUGAAAUAAGUGCUGCCAGUACUCCUGUCAAAAGUCAAAAUACUCAUAUCAGGAGGCGAUCCGUCAGUUCUUUGGCGUUUAUUUACCACUGCAGUCACCUUGCUGCAGGAGAAAUGUGCAAUUGCUGUGAAUCCGAUACUGAAAACACUGUUUCUUAUAAACUGAAGAAAAAAUAUAUCCAAGCAUUACAGAGUUGUCCUUGUGGAACCAAGGAUACUUUGGAAAGAAAAAACAGUGGAACGUUAGGUGGAAUUAAAGAAGAAAGCGUGGAAAAUAUUCUAGAAAAAAUCGAAUCUGAACAUAACGACUGCAAUAGGUGUGAUAGCGGUGUGUCUACCGCAGAAAAUUCCGUCGGAGAUGAAAUCUUGUACAAUAAGAAAAAAUUACAAAGGAUAUGUUCGUGCCAGUACUAUAGGGAAAACUGUGCUUUAUGCAGUGCCGCCAGUUCUAGCACGGGAUCCAACCAGGACACAGAAAACCAGCAAGACAGUAUAAUUGAGGAAGGAAGCGAUGGAUUUGUUAAAAGUAUUACGGAUGAUAUAGAAGAGGAUCAUUAUUCUGAAGAAAGAAGAAAAGUGCCUCCUAUUUCUGCCAAUAAUCAUCUUUAUUGCCAUUCCUCCACGUUAGAUUUGCCUUCAGAUGCCUUAUAUCAUAAUAUGGACCCAAAGACUCAAAAGACCUUAACUUAUAUUAUCACAGAAAUGAUCGAAACCGAACGAGACUACGUAAAAUCCUUAGACUACGUUAUAAUUAAUUACAUUCCCGAAUUACAAAGAGAAGAUAUCCCUCAAGCGUUACGAGGUCAAAGAAAUACCGUUUUCGGUAAUGUAGAAAAAAUAUUCGAAUUUCAUAGUCACCAUUUCCUGAACGAAUUAGAAGAAUGUAUAAAUAAUCCACUACAAGUUGGACAAAUAUUCCUUAAGUACGACAAGAGGUUUUAUUUGUAUGCUUUGUACAAUAAAAAUAAACCAAAGUCAGACUCGCUGAUGUCUGAGUAUGGAUCAGCAUUUUUUAGGAGUAAACAAAUUGAACUCGCGGACAAAAUGGACUUAGCAAGUUACCUGUUAAAGCCCGUUCAAAGGAUGGGUAAAUACGCUUUGCUACUUCAACAAAUGAUGAAGGCUUGUCCUGCGUCUGCAGUCGGUUCUUCUGACAGGGUAGCUCACGAGAUGGAUGACUUGAAACAAGCCGAAGAAAUGGUUAGGUUCCAAUUAAGGCAUGGAAACGAUUUGCUUGCCAUGGAUUCUAUCAGGGAAUGUGAUGUUAACCUCAAGGAACAGGGUAGACUCUUAAGACAAAACGAAUUUUUGGUAUGGGAAGGACGUAGCGGCAAGAAAUCUUUGAGACAAGUAUUUCUGUUUGAAGACUUGAUACUAUUUAGUAAGGCUAGAAGGUUCCCAGACCGUAAGAAUCUCGACUUGUAUAUUUACAAAAAUAGUAUUAAAAUGACUGAUAUUGGAUUGACUGCCAAAAUAGGAGAAAGCCCUACGAAAUUCGAAAUUUGGUUUAGAAAACGAAAACCGAACGAUACGUUUACUCUUCAAUCGAUGACCGAAGAAGUAAAAAAGAUAUGGACUGAAGAAUUGUCACAACUUUUAUGGAGACAAGCUAUUAAAAAUAGAGCUGUAAGGAUGGCUGAAAUGUCUUCAAUGGGAAUAGGAAACAAACCCUGUUUGGAUAUUCGGCCUAGCGACAAUCAAAUCAGCGAUAGAUCCAUUAGCUUUGCUCAACUUAGCCGAAUUUGUUUUGCAGCUGUUCCCCGAUUCCGCAAUUCCAUUGCAGGUUCAAUAACGGACAGCUGUCGGAUUGUAGCUCGACCGCAAUCGGUAAUAUCCAUGUCGAGUGUUUCGUCAAGUAGCACAAGUUCUGGAGGAUCAGCGGGAUCAGCCGGAACACCAAUCGGACCAAGUAGUAAUCAAUUAGGACUAGGUUUUGAAACUUGCGAGAGUCCCAAAUCGUUUCAUAAAUCUUCGACUUUAAAUAGCCAGUGCUCUGUAGAAAGCGGCAUUAUAGCAGACAUGUCUGUGGGCUCUGACGAAUUUUCAGAGCAAGCACCUUCAGGCCUUUAGAAGAGAAAACUUUAUAAAAUACGUUUUUUAUAUUAUUUUAUUUUGGCUGUUUUAAGUCAAUAUACACCAUGUGCCAGGAUAUAUUCUAAUUAAUGUUAAGUAUGUUUGAAAAAAUUAUUUCAUACACGAAUUUAAUUUAUAUGUUUAAAGUUAUUGUAAAUAUUACUAAAUUUUAUGUUCCUCAAAUUAUGGUUGACCUAUACGGGUCGGUGUUUAUACACUAGCUGGCCUAAAGUAGACACACUUAAAAUUUUUAUAGUUGAAAUCUAUUUCAUAGGCUGUAGAUGUAGAUCUAUUUCAUAUUUUCACAUACCGGCUGUAGAGCUUCCUCUUUUUAUAAUAAACUGACUUGUCGACAUAUUGAUUGAUCCAUAAGAAUAGGAAGAUGACAUUUACAACGCAAUUGAAGUUAAAAAAUCGUCUUGAAUAAAUCCGGAGUUAUGGUGUUUUUUAAAUUUUGGGUAUAAUUUCUUUUGUGAUGUUUUUUGUUAGGAAUCUUCAAAUUCUGUUAAUAACUACUUCGCUUAACGCAUAACUUUUAUUACAUUAAAGUUGAUAAGUAUAUUGCUUAUCAUGAUAGAUUUCUUCUUCUUGUUCUACUUUUAUCAAAUACGUUGUAUUUUAGUUGCUCAAAUUCCUAUAAUUGUAUUUUCACAGUGAAAACUAUUGAAGUUUUUGAGUAUUUACCAAAUAACUAUCAAACGGUGUACCUUUACCUUACAACACUAUAUUUCUCUAAGUUUUUUCUGAGAAAUAAUUUGAAAACUUUGGUACGGAUUUCAUCUUGUAACAUGUUCCAAAUCCAAAUAAACUAUCGAAUUUAGUUUUAAUAUCAAGUUAUUUUGUUGCUCAUAAUUUUGUUACUAUCUGUUUUUGCUAUUUUAAUAUCAACUAUUUUAAUAUCAAAAUUAAAAUAGAAAUAGAAAAAUUUUCUUAAACUUUUUCUUAUAUCAAAAAAGGUUCUGAAUUCAAUAUUUACGAAUAUUUUUAAGCCAGCUAGUGUAACUUAGUGAGUUAUAGCGGAUUUAACUAAAAUAUGUAAAUGGCCAAUUAUUACUCCAAGCACAAAUCCACCUUAAAAAAUCUAUAUUUGAUUAAUAGUAAUAUAUUUUUUAGCCAACCAAUGGCCGGUUUCACCGGUAGGUUAUUCGACGAAUAAAGUGAUUCGACCAAUAAACUGACACAUCUACAUUUCACUAACGUCAAAUAACAUUUUAGUUAUUUAUUUAUCCAAUAAAUAUUUACUCUUCGAAUAAAUAGUUUAUCUCGCUUUUAAUAUUAAUAAAAAAGAAAAUUCGUCCCUUUAACUUUAAAUUAUCAAAAAUAUAUCGAAAAACAAUAAAAAUAUAAUCGAUUGGACGAAUAACAACUAUUCAUUGAUUUAUUUGUUGUUGGUGAAACCGGCCCCAAGUGCAAUAAUGUGUAAAUAAAGGAUAUUUUAUAGCUUUAUUUUCACAACUAUGUAGUAAACAGCUUUAACAUAUUUGCAUAAGGUUCCUAAAGAGAAUCUUACUCAUAAAACUCUAUAAUAGAUACUACAAGAUCUUUCACCAAUAACCAUAAAUCCAUUUAGUUUUCUUUUAUUUUUACAUUCUUGUCGUUUUAAGUACCUAAUUUGAAUUCAUUUUCUCAUUAUCAAAAAACCUACAUCCAGGAAAGGGAUUCAUACUUAAUGUAUUUUUCUUAAGGUUCCAUCUUCUAUCGAAGAUUGGAUAUCAACAUGGUAAUUCUUAUUUUACUUACAGCAGCUCUAUAUCUAUCUGACUAUAUUUUUUGUUCUCUUUAAUUCUUAUUUAAUUUCGGAAUUUGUUUUCAUUCUUAUUUCUCCCUCUCUUUUACAUUCUGGCCAGUAUUGUUCUCAUUAUUUUUCUUUCAAAUUUCAGAAGGCUGUUUCCUCUUUCUUGUUAAUCGUCGUUGUUUCCAUCCCAUAUGUAACAACAGGUCUUAUUAAGAUCUUAUAUAGGUUCAUCUGUGUUCUCUUACUUAGAGUAUUGCUUCUCAGCAGAUGUCUAUUUAUUCCAUAAUAUGUUUUUUUGCCUUUCAGAAUUAUUUCCUGUGUUCUCUCUUUUCUGGUUUUCCUUAUUAUUACUAAGUAGCUAAAUAUGGUUCUGUGUUAUUAUAUAUCAAUAAUAUUGAUAAUUUAAUGUUUUUAAGUUGAUAUAUAUCAUUAUUUAAAUAGUUUUUACAUAGUACUUUAAAUAGUUUCUUUAAAACAACACUAAAUCAUGUUGGUUGGUAAAAAAAGCUGUUCUACAAAUUUCUCUGGUUACCAAAUACUUUGCAUUUUACAAAAAGCGUACAUAGUUAAAUCCGUUUUUUAUGAUUGUUUGAAUUGUAUUCAAUGAAAUUAUUAUUAGACCUGUCGAGAGCACAAUAAACGUACAUAAAUGUCAUGUAUAUUUUUUAAAACAGCUUUGCGUCGGGCAAUGUUUAUAAAAUGAUACAGAAUAUUUGUGUCCUCAUUAUCGGACACUGUCUGAUAUUCUUAAGCCAGGAUUAUUCCUCAACAAACAAACAGACAAAAAUUAAUAAAAUUGCUUGAGUGGAGCCCACGGGCACACAAGCCAAGCCGGGAAAGAUCUGAAACGACGACCUCAAAACCGCAAAUAAUUAUGACCAAUUGGAUAGCAGAGGCCUAUGUUUAACACUGAACAAAUCAGGGCUGACGGGUGAUGAUGAUGAUCCCUUAAUAAUCUUUUCAUAUUUAAAAGUAAAAACGAGUCAUCGGUAGGGAUCUUUUAGGGCGUAUUCCCUAGGUCAGAGAAGUCUCGCUUAUACUUCUCUAAAUAUAAGUUUUCACAAUCCAAGGUUUCUAGUUCAGGUCUCUCAAAAGACAAUCUUCUUUAAUCACAAUUUUUACAUAUUCGUUAUUCGCCGAAGUUUUUCUGGAUAGUGGUCAGUGUCAACAGAUUUGCAGUGUUUUUAAACCGAUUGAACUCUUCUUUUAUCUAUCUUUACGUAGGUAUUUAUAUCAAAUGACAAUUUUACGAUUUUAAUAGUUUCCUACACUAAGUUUCAAUGCAAAUCGUUGCUAACAUUCUAAGAAAUAGAAUGAAAAUGAAAGUAAGAUAUUCGAAGAGAUUUUCCGUCCACAAUUGCGGAAUCCAACUUUGUGAAGAGUGACUAAACACAUCCGUAUCCCGCAGUGGAUACUGGAAGGUUUUGGUGCAGAGUUAUGUUUCAAGAUGGUAUACUUUUAGAAUAAAUCUCAUAUUAUCAUCAUCACCAAUUUCGCACUCCUAACACUCGCAAGUCGUCUUUCACCCGGUCCUUAAAUCGUGUUCUGGGCCUGCCUCUUCUUCUCACCCCAUCGGGUCUCUAGAUAUAAAUGUAUGUCGAUGGCUCCACCUCAUUCAUUCUCUCUAAGUGGCCUAGCCACCACAGCCUGUUUAUUUUGAUAGAUCUACCAAUACUUGGCUCACUAUAAAGGAGGUAAAACUCAAAAUUAUAGCAUCUACGCCAUGAUCCGUUUUCCUGGACUCCUUUAUAAAUAUGCCUGAGGAUGUUGCGUUCAAAACUGCCUCACCGUUCUUCACCAGUUUUUGUUUUCGUCCACGUUUCUGACACAUAAGUAACGACUGGUUUGAUUAGAGUUCUAUAUAUCAAUAUUUUUGUUCUUUUUGUAACUAUGUUCGAUGUUAAAAGUUUCUUUAAUCCACAGUAUGCUCUAUUUGCUAGAUAUGUGUAUUAAUUUCUGCAGAUAUUGUAUUACUUUGGUUGAUUUGUGAGCCUAGAUAUACGAACUCUCUUACUCCUUCGAAAGUAUAUGUUUCAACCAUUAUAUCUUCAGGUUUUGCUACUUGAUUAUUAUUUGUGACCCUCAUAUAAUUAGUUUUAUUAGUGUUAACGUGUAAACCUAUUCCUUUUGCUGCUGCUUUUAAUACCGUGAACAGGUCCGCCUUUCUACUUGCUAUGAUAUUAAUGUCAUCUGCAUACGUUAGUAUUUGUGUACUCCUAUUAAUAAUGGCCCCUCUUGUUGGUAUUCCCGAUUCUAUAAUGCUCUAUCAUUUUACAAACACACCAAACUGUAAUAUAUCGUACCAGCUAUUACUUAUUUUUUUAAUUUUCCAAAAUUCGACAGAGGUUUAUAGUGCUUUAUAUCGACUAGUCUAUGUAUAGUACAUAAUAGAGUACCUUAUAUUCUAAAGAAGCAUAUUUUAUUAUUAUUAUUAUUAAAUACCAUUUAAUUUAUUACUAUAUUGUAGUGUGUACUUAAAUAUGACCAUAUUUUAUACACCAAUCAUUUCACAAGAUAUGAGAUACUUGGAAUAUUAUUUUUAAUGAGAAAAAUAUUUUUUGUGUCAAAUCGAACAUAAAUAAUAGUUAUCCAAUAGAAAUUAGUCAACGUGUGAGACUUUGACUAUACAGGGUGUCUCAGACUAAUUUAUCCACGCUUAAACGAAUAGAGAUUUUCGAAUGGGACAAAAACUGAUCUAUUUCAUUUCUAACACACUUUAACCCUUAAACGCCCAACCUUUUUUAGAUUCCAUGUACGCCCAAGGGUGGGUAAAAAAUGUCCACCUCGAAAAUAGCUAAUAUUAUAUUUAUUGAGAUUUGUUGGAAAUGGAUUAAACUUAAGAAUCUUAUGCUUAAUAAACACAACAUCUUCUAAAAUAUUAAUAUAAACAAUUUACAAACCUUACAACAAAAUUACAAUGUAAAUCAAGAUUAACAUACCGGUAAAAGCCAUUAAUUCAGAUUUGUCGAUUUUCUCCACAUUCUUCCUUUCAGACUCCUCAUUGGCAGAUAAUUAUGUCGAUUAUGUAAUUAUACGUCGAUAAUAUAUGGAUUAUAUUCCUACCAACGAAAAAUUAUAUAGAAACCUUUAGUAACAAGUUUUACCAAGGGUGUACUUUUUAUGCCCACCCAUAUUUAACUCAAGAUAAUACUUUUAUUUUCAAAAAUAUCGGUAGAAUCAAUUUAGCAUUCGAUAAAAGGCUGUCUUUUUAACAAUAAAUAAUUUUUGGAAAAUUUUUAAACACGUAAUAAAUAUGUUACAAGGGAAUACGCAUUAGGUGGACAUUUUUUACCCACCCUUGGUCGUUUAAGGGUUAAUAUGGCGUAGAAAAAAUCAUCCCCUAAAUAUUCAUCCCUUAGUUACAACAACUAACUUUAAAUUUUUAAAAUAGCACCCUGUACAUUUUUUUAUAAUUUUGGAUGUGAUCUUCCAUCUUCUAUUCAAUAGAUUUUUCAAAAAUAAUAUGGGUUCGUAAGUAAUUAAGAAAAUAUCAGUUUAUUUUUUAUUUUUGUUAAAUUAAUCAAGAGGAUUUAAAGCUUAAAGGAACAAUUAAAAUAAAUAUAAUAAAAAUUACAUAAAAAAAUAAAUCAAAAUUCCAAUUAAUUAAUUAUUCUUAUUUAUAUUAGAUGUUCGAAUUGUAGUCCACCUUCUGAAACACACAUUUCGAAUAUCCAAGACCUAAAAUAACCGCAAAAGUUUCUCAAAUAUUGUGACUUAAGAGAUUUUUUUGUGAAUUUUUGUUCACUCAUUUGGAAGAUAAUGUUGUAUGCCCUGAGAAGCCCAAAUUUUUAAAAGUAAAAGAUAUUAUUUAAAAAAAUAACAAAAAUUUAACAUAGUAUAAUAGAAACAUUUUUCUAACUGAAGUUUUUCCUUCAAUCGAAACAUUUUUGUGAAAAUGUAACAAACCGAAAAAUGACAUAUCAAGCACGAUUUACCUGCAUAUCAGAAAUCUUCUGACACGAUUCGAAAGGUGUAUUGCAGCAGGUGGACUAUAAUUCGAACAUCUAAUAUAAAUAAAAUAUUAAUUCGUUAAUUGGUAGUUUGAUUUAUUUUUUUCGUGUAAUUUUUCUUAUAUUUAUUUUUAUUGUUGUUUUAUUGUUUUUAUAUUGUAUCUGUAUUGUCUAUUUAUUUUAUAUUGAGGGCCUUCUUGAUUAAUUUACCAAAAAUAAAAACCAAACUGAUAUUUUCUUGAUUACUUACCAACCCAUUUUAUUUUUGAAAAAUCUAUUAAAUAUACCAUGGAAGACCAUAUCCAAAAUUAUAAGAAAAUUUACAGGGUGCUAUUAAAAAAUUAAAUUAGGGGUUGUAACUACUAAGAGAUAAUAAUAAUAAUCUUUAGCGGAUUAUUUUAUCUACUCCAUAUUAAAGUGCAUUAGAAAUUGAGUAGAUCAGUUUUUGUCCCAUUCGAAAAUCUCGAUUUAUUUAAACGAUAUAGAGACGAUAAAUUAGUCUGAGACACCCCGCAUAUUAGCUCUUAAAAGCAAAAUUAUUUUUGAUUUUAAUAUUUAAUAUUAAAUAUUCGGUUAAUAUUUUGCUUUUUAGAGCUAAUAUACAGGAUGUCCCAGACUAAUUUAUCCACGCUAUAUCUUUUAAAUGAACAGAGAUUUUGUUGAUUCUUUGAUUUUUAUACAAACAACUGCUUAUCCUUACAGUUAAUGUAAAAUUAAUUUAUAAUAUCUUUUUAUUCUUCUUCUUCUUCUUCUUCCUCUUCCUCUUCUUCUUCUUUUUUAAAAUUGACAGUACUGACUGUUUUUCUUCAACGGUGCCUUUUAUUCUGUUUCUAAAUUCCAUCUUUUCCUUGCGCGUCCGAUACUUCUUUUGCCUAACAGUGACUUGUCCCUAGCUAUUCUUACGGUCCUAGAUUCAGAUAUUCUGCUGAUGUGUUGAUUCCACUCUUUUUUUCUGUUCUCUACUUAGCUAUUUAUAUUGUCUACCCGACAUAUGCGUCUCAUUUCUUCACUUCUUACCCUGUCUUGUAGUCCUUUUCCAGCAAUCCUUCUUAAGAUCUUCAUUUCGUUGGUCUCCAGAUGUCUUUUUGUUUUGUUUGUGUCUGGUCUUGUUUCGGCCAUGUAAUUCAUAACUGGCCUAAUACCUGACUUGUAUAUUCGGGCCUUGGUUUUCACUCUUUCUUUCCACCGGCAUUCUGCUGCCUACAAUCUGCCGGUUCAGAUGGUAGGUUUAUAAAAACCUUACCAUGAUAAAAAAAUAUUGUAACGUGUUUUGUGAAAAUCCUGUGUGGUGUCCUGGAUGUUUUUGUUUUUUUCCACAACUAAGUACCUACUGACUACAUAUUACAAUUAAAAAAUCUUCAACCAACUGCCAAGUUUUUAUUAUAAAAACCAAAAACUUUUUUUAAAUAUUUAAGAUGGAAUCCCACUCUCUCUUUUUAGUGGUACUUUAAAAAAUUUGACCAUAACUCUGAUGAUGGCUUUAUAAGCCGAAACUUUCAUCUAGGAAUUUAAAAUAACUUUAUACACUUAAAAAAUUUGAUUCUUUUCCUUUCUUUCAAAACUGUCAAUCUACAAAUUUUAAAUACAAAAAUAAUAUUUUGAGUUCUUUCAUUUAUUUGUACAAUGAUUGGUUAAAUACUGCUGCUAAAACUAAAAUGAAACAUAAUAGAUUCAGGGAAUUUUUCACGCUUUGUACAUACAACAGUACAAUAUCUACAUGUUCAGUCAUUAACACCUGAUCACUAAUACAAAAAAUAGGUUUAAAUGAAUUUUGUAAAUGCAUGAUUUUUAUAAUACACUGUGUAGUCAUAUUUAAAAUUAAUGGAGUAUAUAAAUAUUAUGUAAAAAGUAA